AUGUACAACCCAUACGCUAAUUCCCAGGACCUGCCCAAGCAGAAUCCGUACGGCGCUGCAACAACGUCCCAGCAGUUUCAGUCUCAGCCGUAUCUGAACGCAAACCACCAUUCCGCACGCCCCCAAAACACAGCAAACAUCAACUCGUUCUUCCAAGAUCCGGCAGCACAAAUGGGUCUUCAGUUCAGUCAAUCGGCGUUUAAUGCUUCCCAUCAGUACAUGCAGGAAAACUUUGGCCAGCUGGUUUCGAAUCAGGACGUUAAAUACUAUUUUAAAGUGUCCAACUCAUAUGUGUUACAAAAACUGUUGUUGAUCCUAUUCCCGUACAGAAACAAGACAUGGACAAGGCAAACCAGAUCGAGCGACGUUUCCCAGAAUGUCGAGCUCUACGCAACCCCGAUAGAAGACGUCAACGCUCCAGACCUGUACAUUCCGUUGAUGUCUUUUGUUUCGUACGUGCUGUUGUGGGCGGUGUUCAGUGGGCUCAAUGGAACCUUCCACCCUCAAUUACUGGGAUACGCAACAACAAGAACUUUGGCGUUCUAUGUGGUUGACAUCGCGUUGAUCAAGAUCUCAUUCUACGUGCUGGGAGUGAACCAAAAAAACCGUAAGCUUUGGGACCUGGUCAGCUACAGCGGGUACAAAUUCAUCUCGAUCCUGUGUCUGAUGAUGAUAAAGAACUUCUUCAGUUCUUCGUUUGCUAUCUACACUGGAUUCCUUGCCACCAUCUGCUCUCUGGGCUUUUUCCUGAUGAGAUCUCUCAGAUACGUGGUGCUUCCAAGUGGAUUGGAAGCAAACAACCUCUCAUCUGGGGCUAAGCGGAUCCGUACCCAGUUCCUGUUUGUGUAUUCGUUCCUGGUUCAAGCUGUCAUGGUUUGGAUCAUGGCCUAG